AUGGCACCGAGCCGUCGGAAAGGAUCUACAAGAACGUCAGCGGCGGCGGCGGCGGCGGCUGCGCUGCAGCAGUGGAAGAUCGGUGAUCUUGUUCUCGCGAAGAUGAAGGGAUUCCCGGCGUGGCCGGCUAUGAUAAGUGAACCUGAGAAGUGGGGAUUCUCAUCCGAUCGUAAGAAGCUCCUUGUUUACUUCUAUGGGACCAAACAAAUCGCCUUCUGCAACCAUGCUGACAUUGAGGCUUUCACUGAAGAGAAGAAAAAAUCCUUGUUAGUUAAACGUCAGGGCAAAGGCGCUGAUUUUGUUCGUGCUGUCGAGGAGAUAAUUGAUGUUUAUGAAUCUUUAAAGAAGCAAAAUCUUUCUACGGCUAUUUCUAAUGGAGGAGACAAUGAAUGCAAUGCAUUGAUCCAAGAGCAUUUGGAAGAUUCAAGAAUAGAUUGUAUUGGAAAAACUGCAGAGCCUUAUUCGAGUCCUUUUCAUAACCUUCAGUCAGAAGAUGCAUCUGUAAUAGAAUGUGGUGAUACGGUAAAUGUGGAUGAUAGUGCUGAAGCCUUACUCGAACAUGGAAAUCACGAUAAAAGUGCAGGAGUUGAUGAUUCUGCUAACAAAAUAUCUAUUCUCGAUCAGCUCCGACAAAUUCCGUUGUCUAGUAUGCCUACAACUAGAAAGAGAGUGAGGGAUGCACUCUUGCCAAACUCCAUCACCAAAAGUGCUUCGUCGCGUAGGAGAUCUAGAUGUUCGUUAGGGAACAACCCAUGUGAAACCCAGAAGUCGUCGACUAUGAAUGCUGAUGCUAAACUUGAUGUCGUCGGCUUGGCUUACAUUGCAGCGCCGGAAGAACCACUUCUAGAAGAAUUAGUGGCGGUUAGAGGAGCGGAAAAUCUUCCCAAAUGCAGUGCCGAGGCUUCACCCAGCUGCACCGGAGUGACCCUUGAAGAUAUUUUGGCAGGUCAAACUGAUUGGACAAAUUUAGAUGAUGGAAAUGUACGAGAACUUAGGGAAAAAUUUGAAUGCUCUGAUAAUGAUGCGGUCUCAAAAACAUUUUUAGAAGUAGAUGCUAAGCUAAGUAGUGAAUUUGAGACUCCUUUGAACACUCUGGAUAUUACGAAUGGGAGAGAAUCCGACAGAAAACAGGUUACCAGUGCUAGAGUAUGUGAUGAAAUGGAUAAAGAAAUUGAUAUGCAGUUUGAGCGUGGAAGCCUUUCUGACUCCUUGAAUUCUCAAAAUGGUACGGCUGACAAAUUUAAUAAUGCCAAUGGAGACGAGCACCUUCCUCUGGUGAAAAGGGCGAGGGUCAGAAUGGGCAAACCUUCUGUUGAGGAAAAUUUAAAUGAAUCUAUGGUAUCUGAAGUGAAAUUGGGCAGACUUGUUACUUCAAAUGGACAUUAUGGGAGCACAACAUUCUCCAGUCCUGUAAAAAAUUGUUUUUUACAAAAUGAUUCUCCUAAAAAAACCUCACCUGCUGCCAAAGAAUAUGCAAGGUUUUCAACAAAUGUCUCUGCGCAUAAUGAUAUUAGAAGUGAUCUUGCGCCGUCGUGCAAGCUGAUUAAAUAUCAUCUUACGUUGGAUGUUGAGGCUGCACUGCCUCCGUCAAAGCGCCUCAAUCGUGCUUUGGAGGCCAUGUCUGCCAAUGAGGCUGAAGCUGCCAUUGAUUGCCCACAAGCCUCAAGUACAACCGAAUUAAAAUCUAGCAAUGGAUUGCAUUCUUCAACAGAGAAAGCCCAUGGUGGAGAUGACAGUAGCAGGUUCCCCACAAAACCACCGCCCAUGCAGGCUUCUGGUGCUGCUGCUGCGCGUCUAUCUUCAAGUUUAACAUCACAAAAUCUGGUAGCCUGCAGUUUAAGUUCAUUUGAAGUAAAACACGAAGAUUCUAAUCCUGGAAAACUGUUGAAUUCCCUUCAGAAAAAUUAUGGUCGUUUUGCUUCAAAGACUGCCGGUAUUAUUCAUUCUUCUUCGUUCGAGCUGGUUGAGAAGGACUGUGGCGAACAUGGACCUAAUCAUUCCUGUUCAUCUACGGCAGAAGAGAACGAUAGAUCUCAGCUGGAUAAAGAGUGCACUUCUUCUGAAGGUGUAUGGGUUUCACAUAAGACAAGUUUUUCACCAUCCAAUGGGGCUGCUACAGCUAUUUCAAUCACAACUACUGUCUGUACAGCAGGUGAAAUCAAUUGUGCGGCUGCAGUUUCAGGCAGUAUAAAUGUUGACUCAUCAUCGAGUGAUAUGAAUGGAAUCCCUUCAGUUUCAUCGGCGCCAAAUGUUUGCUCCUUGGCUGGUGAUGAGGAUGGUGCUGCAGCUUUGGUAACCACUAAUUUUAGUACUUCAGUAAAUUGUACCUCCAUGGCCACCUCCAUGGCCACACUUUCGAGGCCAAAAUUUGAGCAAACUUCACGAGUUGGAGACAUGCAGCCUGUUGCACUAGAAGCUAAGCAAAUUCCCAAGAAUAUGACUAAUUCAUCUAAGUUGGCUCCUAUUAAGGAUUUGAUUGCCGCCGCACAAGCUAAGCGAUCUUUAUCUCGAUCUACUUCCAUUUGUGAUAGUGUUAUAGAUGGUAAGAUCGCUCCUGAUGCUGUCCUAAGCCCAUCAUUAAUAAACAAGGACGAUUCUUCUGGACGAGGUUCACCUUCAAAUCCCGUGCUCUAUCACAGACCUACUUCAGAUGACGGGACUUGCUGCCUGCAGAAUGGCAGUAGAACUCCGCUGGAUGGUUCUUCUAGAAAAGGGUUUAACAAAUAUGCAAAUCAUUUUGAAGUGGAUUCAGCACGAAGAUGCUUCGAGUCUUUAUUAUGCACAUUGUCGAGAACAAAAGAAAGCAUUGGUCGAGCAACUCGUAUUGCAAUCGACUGUGCAAAAUAUGGGAUUGCUGGAGAGGUGAUUGAUAUUCUUCUUCAGCAUUUGGAAAAAGAGUCGAGCUUGCACAGAAGGGUAGAUCUUUUCUUUCUUGUCGAUUCAAUCACUCAGUGUUCUAGAUCUCAGAAGGGUGGACCUGGAGAUGUCUAUCCCUCCCUCGUGCAAGCUAUACUGCCACGGUUAUUAUCAGCUGCUGCGCCUCCGGGAAAUGCUGCAUCAGAGAACCGCAGACAGUGUCUCAAGGUUUUGAGGCUAUGGCUUGAGAGGAGGACUCUUCCUGAGUUCACAGUUCGGCACCACUUAAGGGAACUUGAAUAUGGAAGCGAAGCUUCAUUAAGUAUUUCGUAUUCUAGACGGCCUCCCAGAACAGAAAGGCCUCUUAAUGAUCCAGUAAGGGAAAUGGAGGGAAUGCUUGUUGAUGAGUAUGGAAGUAAUGCCAGUUUUCAGCUUCCACAAUUUCUUAAUACUCGGAUUAUGGAAGAUGACGAGGGAAGUGCCUCCGAUGAAAAAGAUUUUGAGGCCGUUACACCCGAUAGGAAUGCUGAAGACUCUGAAAAGGGAACAACUCCAAAGUCCGCCGAAAAGCAUCGUCUCGUGUUAGAAGAUGUUGAUGGAGAGCUCGAGAUGGAGGAUGUCGCACCACCUUGUGGACACGAAGCAAGCCAAUCUACAUGUCAUAAUAAAGGAGAUGAAAUUUUGAGUAAUUGCAGUCAUAAUUGUGAGCAAAACAAUUUAUUAUCUUUUGCACCUCCGCUUCCAGAGGAACGACCGCCAUCACCCCCUCCUUUGCCAUCUUCUCCGCCCCCAAUGCCUCCCGCUUGUUCCGGCCAAACUCCUCACUCUUUAGCUGGCUUAACUGCUGCCGCGGAUAACACUGAUUUUGGUGCCAGUUAUACUCCUCAAAAUCAAUUUUUGAGACCAGUCAAUCAGCAACCAAACGGUCUGCUUUGCAGCUCGUCUUUGCCGGAGUCUGCCGCCUUCUAUUCCCAAGGAUAUGUUGGCCAUCCACAACCGAUGCCACAACUUGUUUCUUCUUCAACUUCUUCAGGCUCAUUUAGCAAUCUCGGUGGUUCUCAGCCUGCCAUCCCUGUUGGAAAUAAGCUUUAUCAUUUGCAGCCACCUCCUCAUGUAGUCUCGAAUCAGUUUUCAUACAUUCAAGCUCAGCCGCAGCACAGACCACAAGCUCCAGCCAAUCAACCUUCUUACUCGGAUAGGUUUCAUAAUCCACACGAUAAUCAAAGAGGUUUGGGCCAGGUUGAUGUUCCUGAUAGAAGUGCAUUUUAUCCGCCUGCCUAUGCAGGUCCCAUGGGAUUGACACCUGAAAAGGUGGAACCUCCACCGCCUGCUCCUCCUUCAUUAUAUGGCCCUCACCUGGAUCCACCAGCUGCUCAAUGUCAAGACUGGUUUUAUGCUCCCAGAACAUCUAGUUAUCCUCUAUCUGCUUCAAGGCAAUCAUUGGAAAACUCAGUUUCAGCACCAGCUUAUUGGAGAGGAAGAUGACUAGGUUGCAAUAUCAUGAUCUGAAUUUGAUACUUCCCUGGGCAUUUUUCCUGGGGGGUGGAAGCCUUCUUCUUCUCCAUCUUCUGCAAAAGAGGCAAAAACUCUGCAACAGAUGAAGAAAGAGAGAUGCAACCAGAGCAUCAUCACACUGUACAUAUGUAUUUUACCCUUAUUCUCCAGUAAGUCCAAAUUAAUGUCAAUUUUCAUUGAGGCUCUCUCUGUAUCAUUUCUGUAGACUUUUCUCUGGUAGUAUGAUCCAUCUGAUUCAGAUUCAGUUUUUCCCAGUCCUCUGUUGCCUUAUUUAUUUGUUAGCUUAAAGGGUAUAUAUAUAAAUAUAUAGUUAUAUCUAUAUUUGUUGUCAAUGUAGAAUAUUUAUUCCCUUCACUCAGAAGACAAGCAGAACCCCUUUUCCCUACCUUGGUUCUUUUAUU